AUGACCUGCGUCCCCAUGACCCGCGUCCCCAUGACCUGCGUCCCCAUGACCUGCGUCCCCAUGACCCGCGUCCCCAUGACCCGCGUCCCCAUGACCUGCGUACCCAUGACCUGCGUACCCAUGACCUGCGUCCCCAUGACCUGCGUCCCCAUGACCCACGUCCCCAUGACCUGCGUACCCAUGACCUGCGUACCCAUGACCCGCGUCCCCAUGACCCGCGUCCCCAUGACCUGCGUCCCCAUGACCCGCGUCCCCAUGACCCGCGUCCCCAUGACCUGCGUCCCCAUGACCCGCGUCCCCAUGACCUGCGUCCCCAUGACCCGCGUCCCCAUGACCUGCGUCCCCAUGACCCGCGUCCCCAUGACCUGCGUCCCCAUGACCCGCGUCCCCAUGACCUGCGUCCCCAUGACCCGCGUCCCCAUGACCCGCGUCCCCAUGACCCGCGUCCCCGUAACUCACAAAUUCAUUCUGAAACAAAAGCUAAACGCUGGUCGGCCGCCUUAUAACUUAGCGGCAGUAAAGGCGGGCCAAAUAAUCCUCUGA